AUGACAGAUACUGGUAAUGGUUAUAUUCAAUGCUUGGCUAAUGUUGAUUGUGAUCUAAUGGUAAAAACACUUCCAGCUAACAGAGUUGCUGAAGUAUACAUUACACAUGCUGAUGCAAGUAUUAACUUAGAUGACUUUGAAUUGGAAAGAGCAAAUUAUGGUGGGGAUAAAAAUAGUGAUGUUUACCAAGAAUUGGAGCAUUUUGAAGGUGAUGAAUAUCAUGUAAAUGAAAGUGAAGAAGAGUCGAAUGGUUUGGAGAUAGAUUCAGACAGUGAAUGGCUUGGAAUUUGGGACAAUAUCGGAAAGGAUAAGGCGGCAAUGAAGCUGAAAGGAAAAGAAAUAAUGAAAAGAAAAGAAAUAAUGAAAAGAAGAGAGGAUAAAAAGAAAAAUCUAGCAGGAAAUAGCGAAGUUAGUGUAAAGGGGAGGAAAGAGGGGAAGGAAAAAAAGAAAGAUAAAGUGAUGGAGAAAGCUAAGAGUGCCAAUUUUGCCGGGUUACUACUGGAGGACUCAAGUACAGAAUCUGAGAAUGAUAACAUCUCUCCUAAGUAUGAUUCAGAUGACAUGUGCAGUAUUAAUAGCGAUGAUGAUGAAAAGGUUAGAAAGAUUGAAAAUGUUGCAUUUAGGGCAGAAACGGACAUGGAUAAUCCAACAUUUAGGUUGGGAAUGACAUUCAUUGAUGCAAUAGAAUUUAGAUCUGCACUGAGAUCUUAUUCUAUUAAAAAUAACGAGAAAAUUUCCUUCGAAAAGAAUGAAUCUGAUAAAAUUUCUGCAAAAUGUUGUGAUCAAUGUCCAUGGCGCAUAUAUGCUUCUAGAAAGGGACUAGAUGACCCCACAAUCACGAUAAAAACUUUAGUUGGGAAACAUUCUGAUGAUUGUUUGUUUGUUUAUGCCAACAAAAAUGUGAAAUCUCGAAUGAUUGCCAAAAAAUUUCUGCAUUAUUUGAGAAUACAUCCAGAUGUAUCAGUAGGAGAUUUCAUGGACAAAGUACAUGAAGAGCUGAAUGUUGAAGUUUCCGUGAGCCAAGUGUAUAGAGCAAAGACAAUAGCAAAGGAGAUGAUUGAAGGUCAUUACAAAGAACAAUAUGCAAAAUUAGAGGACUACUGUGCAGAACUCAAGAGAAAGAAUCCAGGAUCAACUGUAUUGUUAGAAACAACACCUCAUGAAGAGGAUGGCAGACCUGUUUUUGAAAGAAUUUGCAUAUGUCUUGAUCCCUACAGAAGAGGUUGGAUGACAGGUUGUAGGCCACUCAUUGGGAUGGACGGUUGCUUUCUUAAAGGACCAUAUGGAGGUCAACUUUUGACAGCAAUUGGGAUAGAUGCUGAUAAUGGCAUAUUUCCUAUAGCCUAUGCGGUAGUUGAUAUUGAAAAUAAGCAUAACUGGAAGUGGUUUUUAAAUUUGUUGGUGGAUGACUUGCAAAUUAGAAAUCAUGAUAACUUAUGUCUUAUUACAGACAAACAAAAGGGUUUGGAGGGAGCUAUUUAUGAGACAGUUCCCCAAGUUGAACAUAGGCAUUGUGUAAGACAUUUGUACAAUAAUUUCAAGAAAGAGCACAAAGGUUUAUCGUUGAAGACAAGAGUUUGGAAAGCUGCAAGGGCAACUUAUGUAAGUAAGUAUAAAUAUGAGAUGGAUAUGCUGGAAAAGGAGGACAAAGAAGCUAGAAAUUGGUUUAACGAUAAACCACCCAAAUUCUGGAGCAAGUCACAUUUUAGAACAACAACAAAGUGUGACAUGCUUUUGAAUAAUAUUUGUGAGGCAUUCAAUGGGACAAAACCCAUUUUAAGGGCAAGGGAGAAACCUAUACUUGGACUACUUGAAGGAAUUAGAAUAUACCUGAUGAAGAAACUGAACCAAAAGAGGGAAGACCUGCUCAAAUACCAAGGAAAUUUAUGCCCUCGAAUCCGAAAACUAGUAGAAAAAGUGAAGGAAGACUCAGCUACAUCAAUUCCUACUUGGGCUGGAAAAUUUUUAUUUCAAGUAAAGACCAUGUAUGGUGAACAAUUUAGUGUAGACUUGAGUGGAAGAACCUGUUCAUGCAGGGGAUGGGACCUUACAGGAAUCCCAUGCUCACAUGCAAUGAGCUGCAUAUUCCAUAUAAGAGAGAAUCCAGAAAAUUUCAUACAUGAUUGUUACAAGAAGACUACUCAAAUGAGGAUUUAUGAGCUAGUCAUUGCUCCAAUGGAUGGACCUGACAUGUGGGAACCUACUGAUCUACCUGAUGUAGACCCUCCUAACUAUGAGCCGAAGAAAAGUAAGUUGAACAAAAUUAGAAGAAAAGAGCCCAAUGAAAUUGAAGCCUCCAAGAGAAAAGCAGUUGAGAUGAAAAAACAGAGAAGAGAGAAAAAGAAAAAACAAUCUGCAACAAGUGAAAUGCAUGAUGUUACCAAAUUGAGUAAGAAAGGGAAGUUGGGGAGGUGUAGCAAGUGCUUGCAAAUUGGUCACAACAAAAUAACUUGCAAGAAGAGUAGUGAUUCCCCGAAUUCAACAACUCUACCUCAAGCUACUCAAACAACUCAAGAUUGGUGUCAAAAUGCGAUAAGUCAAUCCCACCCAAGUAAGCAAAUCAUUGAGUCCACUUAUUGGACUGGACAUAUAAAUGAACCUUCUAAACUCAAUCCAAGAAGGCCAAUGGAGGAUGAUUCAUCUCAUAGACCUGCACGAGCUCAAGUUGGCGGCGUUGUGAUAAAUGCUGAGAAGUAUAUGUGGAAUGGAAAAAAAUGUAUUAGCUUACAAACCCUUCAAAAUACAAGUGCUACAGAGAAGUCCAAGAAAAAGAGCUUUGAUGUGGAAGAAAAUAGAAGCAAUUAG